UCCUGGCUGCAACCCCUGAAGCGAGCCCCCACCGCAUACGCAUCGAGACCUCGAGAGGGCUAAUCUAGCGAAAAAGGAUCCGAGUAAGCCUGGGCAGGACGCGAUAGACGAUACGAGGAUGCAUACGAGAGGACAGGCGGCGGCGUUGGGCGGGUAUAUGUCAUGCGUGCCUUCCUCUUCAUGCCUCUUUCUUUGCGCGUCUGAGUUCCUACCAACCCACUGUCACUGUUGUUCUUCGCGCGCCGUGUCGUUUUGUUUCAGUCCGAUACACAGCAUAUCAUAAUCGCAGAUUAGGCUGCACCCGAAGCUAUGAAGACUACCCCACCCGCCGGCGAUGGCGCCCAACACGACAACAGCGACAACAACAAAGCGCCGGCUAUGAGCUCGCACCGCGCGCUUCUUACACUCGCCGCUUUCCUCGCCCUUCCGCUCGGCGUCGUAUACAUGAUGUCGCAUUGCAGUCAUUUCUCACCAUCUACAUCUUCUCUUGCACAAUAUCAAACGGGAUACCGACAUCCGCACGGGACCAUGCACGCCAAGCACACGAAGCAAGCAAAACACGCAGAACAGUCGAUGCUGGAGAACAUUGCAAUGCUCAUGGCUGAGGCAUCUGCAUCGCCACCAAUUCCGAACAUGCAGAUGCGAUUCUGCUCCGGCGCCGAUCUGCGGGAUUGCGCUUCGUAUGCGUACACCCAAGGCUGCACAAAGAUCGAGGAACAAAGAGUCUUGAGUAUUGCGGAGCCGGGAAUGUUCGAGGGACGCUUUAGUGCUUGCACCGUCUAUCGACGCGGUGUACAAGAUUGCGAGACGAAGGAAGAGGACUCGUUCAAACACGUCAAAGAAUUUGUGGUCAACUGGGAUGCGCAGGACGAAGACGAGGAGCUCGCCAGCAACGGAGUAGUGCCGCUGCUGCAGAAAGACUGGAUAUCGGACAUUGGAUCGUUCAAGUGCCGGUGACGAAUCUGAAUUCGGGCGAGGAGGAGAGGCGGUGACUUAACGAGCUAUGAGUUGGAUCGAUGACGGAUUGCUAUAUACCCUUUUGUUUAAUUCUAUGCUUUCAACACGAGAACCCCAAGAUCCACAACGAGAUGACCGAGCUGAUGGGCAAGGCAAGAAGAUACCGGCCCAACUGUAUGCCACUUACAGAUUACACAUGCGCACAAACGUUAGACGGGCCGAUGUUGACAAACGGUCAGGAGGCGCAUGACUGGAGUUCCCCUUUCUGUGCUGCCG